AAAGGACGGGCUUAAUCUGGGAAUAAAACUGGAGUUGCGUAUUUGUCGAUUUGACCGCACGGAGGACCGUGCAUCCCUAAAACCUGUCUCCAUAACAGAGAUUCCACAGGACUGCACAUAUAGGAGGGAUGUUGUGACUAGGAAAUACUGAAUUGCACAUUCUCAAAUAGUUACUAAAGGCUGCAUUUUCAGUUAAAUUGAAGUAUGGGUCUGCAGAGCGUGUUCCGCGCGGUGAUCAUGGGGGCCCCGGGCUCCGGGAAGGGGACCGUGUCAAGCCGGAUAGCGCAGAGUUUCGGCCUGAAGCAUCUCUCAAGUGGAGACAUGCUGAGGGCCAAUAUCGAGGCUAAGACAGAUUUGGGUCUCCUGAUGAAGUCAUGCAUUGAUCAGGGUCAGCUGGUUCCGGAUGAUGUCAUCUCUCGCCUCAUCCUGUCCAGUCUGAGGGGUCUGGAGAAGACCAGCUGGCUACUAGACGGGUUUCCUCGUACCGUGGCUCAGGCCGAGGCUCUGGACUGUGUGUAUGAUGUGGACUCUGUAAUCAACCUGGACGUGCCUUUUCAAACAAUCAGAGAGCGGCUGACGUCUCGCUGGGUGCAUCUUCCUAGCGGCAGGGUCUAUAAUAUAGACUUCAACCCACCCAAGAAACCAGGUCUUGAUGAUGUAACAGGAGAGCCGCUGGUUCAAAGAGACGAUGACAGUCCUGAAACGGUGUCCAGGAGACUGAAGGACUACGAGAGACAAACACAGCCGGUUCUGGAGUAUUACAGGAGUAAAGGAGUGUUGGAGACGUUUUCAGGAACCGAAACCAACAAAAUAUGGCCUCACGUUCACACCUUCCUGAGCAGGAAGAUCCCAGGACACCAGCAGGCCAUGGGGAAAGCCUGAUUGACGGAAAACUUCUCAGACUUUUUUUACACGGUCAGAUAUGAGCACAAUGCACCUCUGUGGCCUCUACUGUAUCUGGAGUUACAACACUUACAUGAUCAAACCUUUGCUCUGGUUUCAUGCCUUUGUGGGACAGUUAGUGCCAAACUGAAGGUUUAUGGUCAAACUCGUUUCUAGUCCUAUUCAUCCCUGUCAUUCUAGACAAACAGAGUAGUUUUUAGUGUUUUAGUAAUAUAAAAAUUAAUAACUGACCACAAAAUUAAUCAUUUUUAAGUGCCCAAACCAUGAAGUGGCAGAUCCGAAACAUUCCUGUUGAGUAUCUACACUGUGAAAAUGAGUUGCUGCAUUUAUUUUUUUAACUUCAAUCAAAUUAAUUUAGAAAAGUGCAUUAAAGUUUGGCUUAAAGCAUCAAGUUAAAUCUCCUAUAACUUUAAAAUUUAGUUAAAAUAGCUCAUUAUGGUUGCUUACAAGAUUUAGCAUGAUGUUUUAAGACAUUUUAACCUAAAAAAGUGAGGCAGCAACCUAUUUUAUUACAUUAUGUAAAGACGUUUUAAUGCUACCCAAAUCUGUGCAAACUACAGAAAGAUAUUGAACAUUUCUCAGAUGAAUGUAGACACAAAUAUAAUGACAUUGUGAUUAAAAAAAAAAAAGUAUCGUCCAUUUUUUUUACCGCUAUGGCCUUUAUUAGCAAAAACCAUUGUGAUUAAGAUUGCAUUAGCCGAUGUUUCUAUCGUAAUCAUUCGAAUGCACAGUAUUAGAGAUAUUUUUGAUAUACACAAAUGAUGUAUUUUUAAUUAAGAGACUUUUGUAUAAUACAAUACAAAAAUUAACUAAGGGAAUGAGAUUUUUAGAAAAUGUGUACUUAUUUGUACUGAUAAUCCACUGUUGUGUGAGUCCUUGGCCACAAAAUGAAGUGCAAAGCGAUGUUUAGUCUUUUAAUUGUAUGGUACAAUUUGCAUAUCACUGUUUAAAUUGUAGUGACUGAAAACCCUGCUUUUGAAUAAUGGAUAAAUUAUUAAAGGCAUCUUAAGCAGGUGGGAGAGUUGUGUAUAUUUCCUUUAAAACAACUGCAAUAAACACAAUGAUGCUUGA